AUGCGUCUUUCCGUUCUCUCCUUCUUCGCUCUACCUUUCAUGUCUGCCCUUGGAGAACAAAUACCCAUGGAUUCUGAUUACACGCCCCUGACGACGACCAAGCCCCUCCUCAGCGACCUGCUGACCAUCGAAUCCUCCGCAUCCAUAUUCUACUCUUACGCUCGUGAACUGGAACUGAGUAAGAUGUUCGAGGAUGAGAAUUCACGGUUAACAGUGCUGGUACCGACGAACAAGGCCGUGAUGGCUCUAGCGAGGAAACCUGACAAAACCGACGCUAUUCGCAGACACCAAGGACCGGCGCCUAUUGAUGAAGGCAUUGAGAUCACACAGGAACAGUUUGACAGGGAGUCGAAGAAGAAUGUUGAGAGAUGGGUUUCAGCCCAUAUCAUCCCGAAAUACCCGCUGGACCUGCAUACGUCGGUGACGUACGAGACUUUGCUUAAUGGGAAGUCGGUAGAAUUUGAGGUGAACGGUGACGACCAGAUAGUCAUCAACAGCGAUAUUCGUAUCAAGGAUACUAAAGAGGCUGGGAAUGGCGUUAUAUAUCUCAUCGAUGGAACCAUUUUGGUCGACUAAUCCUCUCUUUUGCCUAUGUGCACUAAUCUUGUAUAAUUUACGACAUCUGUACACCGCUGGUUCUCAGGGAUUUCCACCGUGGCGCCGCAUUCAUAAUGUAUUUAGUGGCUAAAAGGACACUACUCUCGGCAGCAUGAAUCCUUUAGUCACUCAUCAACGGCUACGGAAGCAGAGGACCGUACUAAUAUUCGAACCUCUUUCUUCAAAGCGCAGGACAGCAUCUAUGACGAAAACAUUAUCAUAAUAGAUGUACCUUUCUGUACACGUGUGACUACUAGAUACGAUAUUACUGACUGU